GAAUGGGGGGAGAGGAGAGGGGGGCUGUUUAUACUUUAUACGUAACGUGUAGGCUCAUCUCAUCUAAAAUCUAAACUCAACUCCCAACAAACCCCCUAACUCAAUCCUGACCGUCCAAUCCAAACCCAUUACAACAACCACCGGUAAAAGUAAACCAAAUCCAACGGCUCUAAAACAAGCACCCAGAUUAGAGAGACAACACGAUCAGUUUCAUUUCACACAACUUCUUCUCAUUUCAACUCCACCUCUAAAUUAUCACACCUGCAAGUUACCAAUUUAUUCUUCAUAUUUCACCCAUAAAUUCAACCCUAAAAAGCAGAUUCUUGAUUUCCAGAAGGUGUUUUUGUUGUUAAGUAGUAAGGAAUAUAAGUAGAUUUUGUUUGUGGUGGUGGGUAUAAUUAUAGAAAUAUAUUAUCUAUAUUACUGUAAUUAAUUGAUUAGUUAUAGUUAUUGUAUAGAUUAGGGUCAGGGUUUUGUGUAAUUGGGGUUAUAUGGGGUUGGAGGAUCCAGAUCUUGUGGAUGAUGGUGAUGGAGGAUCUAAAGCAGCAGCUGCUGCUGCAUCGGUUUCGUGCUCGAUUUGUCUUGAGGUUGUGGCGGAUAGCGGCGAUCGGUCCAUGGCAAAGCUCCAAUGUGGGCAUCAGUUUCAUUUAGAUUGCAUUGGUUCUGCAUUCAACGCGAAGGGAGCGAUGCAAUGCCCCAACUGCAGGAAAAUCGAGAAAGGCCAGUGGCUUUAUGCAAAUGGUUGUAGACCAUAUCAUGAGGUCAGCAUGGACGACUGGACCCAUGAUGAUGAUCUCUAUGAUUUAACCUAUCCUGAAACAACCUCGAUGUGGUGCCCUUUUGGUGGAUUUACUCGGCUUGCUGCUUCUUUUGAUGAAGGGGAAUUUCCAACCACUGCAUACCAUGAUUUUCUUGGACAACAUGCAAUAUUUACCGAACAUGCAACCGCUAUGUCAUCUGCUACUCAUCUAUGUCCAUAUAUUGCCUAUGUUCAGCCAGUUCACCCAUCAUCAUCUUCGUCCGCUUCCGGAAGUGUUGCUGAUGGUCCCACCUACAACAACAACAAUAAUCAUAAUAAUAAUAGUAGUAAUAAUCAGUGGAACAGCAGCCAAUCAGCAUCCAGUGAGAUACCAAAUUCUUACGCUUUGCCAAACAUGGAUGUGCGCUAUCACACCACUAUCUUUCCAUCAUCACACAAUCGUGUAGGUGGUGCUGAUCAACCCUCUAUACCAUCUGUCAUGCCGCCAAGGUCCGUUAGGAAUAAUGCUGAUAUCCCAAGAUCAGGCUCUUAUGUGCAUCCUUUCCUUCCUGGCCAAAGUUCUGUGGCUGCUAGAGCUCCCGGUUCGGUUGGGUCUUCAAUGAUUCCUCCACACCCUGGAAGUGCUGCACGGGCACGUGAACGGGCCCAGGCCCUCCAGGCCUAUUCUCAGCAACCUAGCAGUUUACUGGGCUUACGCACACCUAUUGUAUCUGGGUCACGGAGAUCCAACAGCCAGGCCCAAAUGGGUCAAGCUGGGUCAUCUUCGGAUCACAUUCGUGGAGGUGGCAUCUAUUACAUCCCAACAUCUGGGUCAACUACUAGAAGCGGAUUUCAGGAAGCAGAAAGCUCGAUGCCAGGUCCAUUCCACCAUAAUACAUGGGAAAGAGACCCACCCCCGCUCCCACACCCACACCCGCACCCGCACCCAGGGGUAGGGCAAGGGUGGGGGUUUCACCAGGGUGGGGGUGGCUCUGGUGCCUUCUUUCGUCUGCGGUAUGGUUCAGAGAGGAGUCCGUCUCAAGGUCAUUAUCGGUAAUAAGUUAAGCGUUUAUUCGGCUGGUUUUGGUAAUCUUGAGAAAACUUAUUUGGUGAAGUCUUUAAGAAUGUAAGUUUUGCUUUGGGGUUGCAAAGGCUUGAUACUGUUGAAUGGCCUUGAAACAAGUCCAUUUGCGGUUGUUGAUUGGUUUGUGUGAUGGACUGCCUGCCUUGGAGAUAUGAAAUAACUUUAUUGUGUUGUAAGAUGCCUAAAAUUCUUUUUCUUAUAUAUAUAACAAUUUACAAAUCA